UAAAUAGAGUCUCCGGCUCUCCGAGCCCAGAGUCUCAGCUUCGCACGGGAGAAAUCUAAAGGAGAGCUCAAGCCCAUAGAAGCGUGAACCAUGAUGUCAAAGAUGAAGUAUUCAGCCAUCCAAAUGUCCACAGCCAACCUGAGCAAAGUGGGCAAGCUGCCAGCAAAACCACGCAAGCAGAGAAUAUGCCAACAGAAUACCAGCAUAGUACGCCACAUGUACACUAUGACGUUGCGCUCUGGCCUUACCCUAAAGAAUGACUAUUACUUUAGGAAUGAAACCAUCAAAAGGAAGUCCUCAGAAAGAGGUGACAAGCACAAAAAGCAAUUGCUGGGAGUCUCAGGUUAUCACCAACUAUCUAUGAGGAGUCUGGAUAUCCCUUACCACCAGCCUAUAUUACCCAGAGCCUCCUUUACAAGAUCUUCUAUGGUACAAGCAUGUCAAAACACAAGUGUGGCUGGUCCCAGGACUCAGAGAGACGCAUUUGUUAGCAAAAAAAAUGCUUAUUUGAUGACGUUCAACAACCAGUUCGUCACGUUUGCUGAGGAAGGUGGGGCUUUUGGCAUCUACGUUGAAGAAAAAGGAAAAAAUGAAGAACAUGAAAUGGAAGAUAAAGUGGUAAUCUGUUACUAUAAAUCUGACAUCUCAGCCGGUGCACCAGGGUCUAAGAAGUUUUUGGUAAGCCUGCAUCUUUUAAGAGACGACAAUUGCAUCCUGCAUGCCGACUGCCGGGAGUUCUCUGUGAACGUAAGAAAGUUUCAGAAAACUACACAGUUGUUGCCAGAGCAGACCUUGUUCGUCCUGGAUCAGAAGAGCUCCGAAUAUUGUUCGUUCGAAUGUAAGAGCAAUCCCGGAACGUACAUCGGUGCCAUCAAUAAUCGUCUUCAGCUAAUGUCAGCAAAGGACCCUUCAUCCUGUUCAAACAUUAUGUUUAAGCUCAGCUAAGCGUCGGUGCAUUUGGAAAGCUGUGGCUCCUGAGCUGAGUGCCCCAAACAUCUACCACUGGAAAUGAGAUACAGAUAGAAGAUGAGCAACAUCUAAGGGAAAGGGAGAACUCUCAGCUAUGGAGUGCGUUCUUAUCCCCACCUCCCUAUCCCCCAACCCCCAAGCUUCCAAUCUGCUUUCUAUUUCCCUCUGUACCUUCAACACACGGAUCUGCAUGUUGUCUAGGGGGCAGGUAAUGAAAUGAGCAGAUGUUCUUUAGAAGAUGCAGUCUAAGCAUCCUUUUAUGCUGUUUCAGCCCAGAAAUUGCUGGGGAACCCAGGCUUCUGGGAAAGGGGCAGAGGCCCGAGUCACUCUUUGGAUGGAGACCCACAUUCCAGAACCUUACAGGGAGAGUGUUUUCCCUGGUUCUAAACACUAUGUUCAAACACUGAGCAAGGCAAGGAGAAGCAAAAUGGGAAGAGAAAGAAAUCCAACUGACCAUUUUUCCCUAACUGUUGCACUUGUAACAUUUCUGAUUUUUUAUAUUUUGAGUUGUAGCUUAAGCAACUUGUACUGUCAUAGGUUGUAGCUCAGUCAGACAAGUAAGAUCACUGUAAAUGCGUAACAAACUUAGGCUUUUGUUUUGCUUUGCUUCAUUUUGUUUUAAUGCCGUACACCAGGGCAUACAUAGGCUAGGGGAGUGAUUCUAACUAAGUGCACAGUGAGACAAAGACUUCCUUGCUGACUAGACACAGCAGAGAGGUUUCAGUUUCCAUAUCUAGCUAACAUCACAUCUGUGACAACCCCAGGUCUCUGACCCUGGCUGCCAGGAGUCUGUGACUUUCAGUAUACUCAUUGUCCCUGGGAGCAGAAUCUCUUCGACUCCUUGCUUCCAAAGCAUACACCAAGUCUCUUCACUGUCUAGCUUCUGAAUGAGCCUGCCUACUGGAGCGCAACCGUGUGACUUCUGUCCCUGGACUUCUGACCAACUAUGUCCUUGGUGUAUCUUUCCCAGUCAUCGUGCUUCCCUUCUGUAUCACCUGCCUCCAGAUGCCAACAUCUGUAUCUUGCUUCAUCUACUGGAUAUUGGAGAAAAUUACAUCCACCUAUUGAUAAAGAUAUUUGUAUGGAACAUCUUUGUAUCUUACAGUUACUAAGGCAGCAAAAUAUAUACUCAACCAUAUAACAAUGCUCUACUACUAAUGGGGUAUGUGUUGCUUAUUUUAAAGUCAUAGCAAUUGCCACUACAGUUGUUCCCGACAAGUGGUGACAAAGGAUUUUAAGAAGGGUGGUUUUUCAUGGAAGUGUGAAUGUCUUGGGUUCUAAUUUGUUGUGCAAGAAAGACUAGGUCAUUCACUUGUAGAUCAAUAUGCUUUGGUUCCAUUGUUUUGUCAAUCGUUACAUUAUAGAGGGAAAAUGAAUAAUUGAAUCCAUUCCCCAUGAGGAGUACUGAAUGUUGACCAUGUGCAUCUGGACGACAAACUGAAAAUAACUGUCAUGAUGUAAUCAAGUAUAUGCAAUAUAUUAUUUAUAUUCUUAAAUAAAGGAUUUUCAAGAGUA